CCGUGAUGGACCCAGAAGCAACUUCGGUUUAUUUGGAUUAUUACUAUGCUACAAGUUCAAACUCUGAUGUCAAGAAGACCCGCUCCUACAUUCCUUAUACAUCUGUCUUCCUUCCCAUCUUUUAUACAGCUGUGUUUCUGACUGGAGUGUUGGGGAACCUCAUCCUGAUUGGUGCAUUGUAUUUCAAACGUGGUAACCGACGAUUAAUCGACAUCUUUAUCAUCAACCUGGCCGCCUCUGACUUUAUUUUCCUUGUCACUUUGCCUCUCUGGGUGGAUAAGGAAGCAUCUCUAGGACUGUGGAGGACGGGCUCCUUCCUGUGCAAAGGCAGCUCCUACAUGAUCUCAGUCAACAUGCACUGCAGUGUCUUCUUGCUCACUUGCAUGAGUGUUGACCGCUACCUGGCCAUCAUGUGUCCGGCUAUAUCCAGGAAAUUCAGAAGGAGAGACUGUGCAUAUGGAGUCUGUACCUGUGUCUGGCUUGUCUCCUGCCUUCUGGGGUUGCCAACCGUUUUGUCCAGGGAGCUCACACUGAUUGAUGGUAAGCCAUACUGUGCAGAGAAGAGGGCUACUUCAGUAAAAUUGACAUGGGCCCUGGUAGCUUUGAUAUUCACUUUUUUUGUCCCCUUGCUGAGCAUUGUGACCUGCUACUGUUGCAUCACAAGAAAGCUGUGUGCCCAUUAUCAGCAGUCAGGAAAGCAUAACAAAAAGCUGAGGAAAUCCAUAAAGAUCAUUUUUAUUGUUGUGGCAGUCUUUGUCUUCUCCUGGCUGCCCUUUAAUACAUUUAAGCUCCUGGCCAUUGUUUCUGGAUUACAGCAGAAACCCCAUUUUUCUUCGGCUCUUCUCCAGCAAGGCAUGGAGGUGAGUGGGCCGUUGGCAUUUGCCAACAGCUGUGUCAACCCUUUCAUUUACUAUGUCUUCGACAGCUACAUUCGUCGGGCCAUUGUGCACUGCCUGUGUCCUUGCCUGAAGAACUAUGACUUUGGGAGCACCACUGAGACAUCAGAUAGUCACCUCACUAAGGCCCUUUCCAACUUAAUUCACACAGAGGAUUUUGUUAGGAAGAGGAAGAGGUCUGUGUCACUCUAAAAUGAGCACAACAUUUCAAGACUUGCCGGUGCUCAUCAGGAGUAAUUUUUAUCAACAGCGCAAAGAAGAAAAGUAUUAAAAGAUUCAUAUUGCUUGAUUAAAUCCAAGGAAGAAUUCAUUUUUAAAAUGAACACCAAAAUAUGUCACAUACUAUAUUUUCAGCUAAGGGACCUUAUUUGAACCUUGUCAGUCAAGACAAUCAGGCAAAAUUCAAUUCUCAUCUGUCCUUUGAACUCUUAGAUAAAGGCUCCUGCUUGGAUCAGUUGCUGUCUUCAUGACUAUUAAUGUACUUUACAGCCUUUUUUCUCAGGAACCUUGAUAUUUCAGUCAGAUCUCCCUUCAUAUUGGGCUCAAAUUGGAUUACACUUAAAAGAUUCUGCCCACUUUCAUCAGUUGAGAAAUGUGGUGGCCAGUGCAGGUAACAAGAUAUAUACUACAACUGUUCUCUAUAAUUGAUUGUCCCUGAGUUACUAAGAUAUUCUGGCCUCAGUCUUUAAAACUUGGAAUAGUGAUUCUUCAUCAUCUUCCAGUGUGGUCUAUACUAUGCCCACUCACAGAAACUUUGGACUGGCACAGAAAUGUUCCUGAGGAAAAAUCAUUUUUAAUUGCAUUUAUGAUUCAGGGUUUUAUCACUUGGUCUUCUAGAAUAUAGUAAAAGUAAGCAUAUUAUCUUGUUAAAAAUACAACUCAUUAUAAUGCUCUAGUAACUUUUUAAUGGGGUUGUGCUAUGCUUUUUGUUUUCAUUGCCUUUAUAAGUUAGGAUUUGACUUCACUUUAAUUACAUGUUUUUAAUUGCCUGUUGUCUAGUCAUCAAAUGACAAUGUUACUACUAAUAUAAUUAAAGCUUGACAAAUACUUGGUCCACCCCCAUACAGAUUAUUAUUUUGUAUUUUAAUUAAAAUAUUAGUGCUGCACAUUCCCUAUAGCAUCACUUGCUUGAUAAAAUUUGAAGAUGAAAUC